UUGUCCCAAGGCCUUGCCGUACCGUCCGGGCGGCGAGCUGCAUCCUGGUUCAGUUAGUGUGCACGGCGUGUGUCGAGUGUUUGCUGAUCACGGUCGCCACCAACAAAAUGAACCGCGAGAGCUUCGCGGCGGGCGAGCAGCUGGUGUCGCCGGCUUAUGUGCGGCAGGGCUGUGAGGCCCGCCGCUCGCACGAGCACCUCAUAAGGCUGCUUCUGGAGAAGGGCAAGUGUCCAGAGGAUGGUUGGGAUGAAAGUACACUUGAACUUUUUUUACAUGAACUUGCAAUCAUGGAUAGCAACAAUUUCCUGGGCAAUUGUGGUGUGGGAGAAAGGGAAGGGAGAGUGGCAUCUGCCUUAGUUGCUCGGCGUCAUUACAGGUUCAUUCAUGGAAUUGGACGAUCGGGUGAUAUUUCUGCUGUGCAACCAAAAGCUGCAGGUUCUAGCCUUUUGAACAAAAUUACCAAUUCUUUGGUCCUGGACAUCUUAAAGUUGGCUGGUGUCCCUACAGUGACCAACUGCUUUGUAGUUCCCAUGGCAACUGGUAUGAGUCUAACCUUGUGUUUCUUAACAUUACGACAUAAAAGACCAAAGGCGAAGUAUAUUAUAUGGCCGAGAAUAGACCAGAAGUCCUGCUUUAAAUCCAUGAUCACUGCAGGUUUUGAGCCGGUGGUGAUAGAGAAUGUUUUAGAAGGUGACGAGCUGCGCACAGACCUGAAAGCAGUGGAGUCUAAAGUCCAGGAACUUGGGCCUGAUUCCAUUCUGUGUGUUCAUUCCACUACAUCCUGUUUUGCUCCAAGGGUGCCUGAUAGAGUAGAAGAACUGGCUGUGAUCUGUGCUAAUUAUGGCAUCCCACAUAUAGUCAACAAUGCAUAUGGAGUGCAGUCUUCAAAGUGUAUGCACCUCAUCCAGCAGGGGGCUCGGGUUGGCAGAAUAGAUGCUUUCGUUCAGAGCUUGGACAAAAAUUUUAUGGUUCCAGUAGGUGGCGCUAUAAUUGCUGGCUUUAAUGAUUCCUUCAUUCAGGAAAUCAGCAAGAUGUAUCCAGGAAGAGCUUCAGCUUCACCUUCUUUAGAUGUCCUUAUUACUUUAUUAUCACUUGGAUCAAAUGGCUAUAAGAAGCUAUUAAAAGAAAGAAAGGAAAUGUUUUCCUAUUUGUCCAGCCAACUAGAGAAGCUGUCGGAAUGCUACAAUGAAAGACUGUUGUAUACACCUCACAAUCCCAUAUCUUUAGCUAUGACACUUAAGACACUAAGUGAACACCAGGACAGAUCUGUCACUCAGCUUGGCUCAAUGCUUUUUACCAGACAGGUUUCUGGAGCCAGGGUUGUGCCUCUUGGGUCUGUGCAAGCCGUGAGUGGCCACACCUUCCAAGGCUUUAUGGCACAUACAAAUAAUUACCCUUGUGCUUACCUCAACGCUGCAGCAGCCGUUGGAAUGAAGACACAGGAUGUGGACUUGUUCGUGAAGAGACUUGACAAGUGUUUAAAGACAGUAAGAAAAGAACAAAAUAAAGAGAGUAAUGCAUCUGCAGUGGAAAAUUACAACAAAACUGAAGAUGUAGAUAUUGAAGAAAUGGCUUUAAAACUAGAUAAUGUGCUUCUUGACACGUCCCAGAAUUCUUCAUGACAUGUGAAAGGUUUCUUUUUGAUUACUUGAAGGAAGUGAUGAGGCUACAGUACAAAUAAGCAGUUUAAAGAUAGGGCUUGAGGUUUCGGAACUGAGAAUGUCUUGGAGGAUAUGGAGGAUAUUUGGUCAAGGUACAGACGGGUCUGAGCUAGCCAUCUGAUGACUUGUUAUGUUUUUUUAUUCUUAGACUGCCUCAGUUACUAUGUUCCUUAGCAGAUAAAACUACCAUUAGGAUUUUUCUAAUUAUUAGAAUAUUUGCCAAUUAAGCAUUAUGAUUCAGAUCAUUCUUACUAAUGUGACAAGUAAAAUUACUUCUAAUUCUUUUGGAAAUGUGUAAACUGUUUCCUCCUGACCAUUCUCUACCAUUCACAAAUGACUUCUGUUUCUGGUCACAGAGAAUUGAGAACGAUCCAGUACUGCUAUUUACAAGAUGUUGGUGUCUGCAAGUCACAGUCUGCCUGUGAAAUGGUCAUUCCCCAGGGAAGCAGAGUCCAGCAUAAGCUUUAGCUUUCACUUAGUGGUUCUCAGCUGGGGAUGAUUUGCUUAUAUCUAAGCAACACCUGGGGACAUUUUUAGUGCUCACGACCUGUGGCGUGCUCUUGACAUCUAGAGCUGGAGGCCAGGGGUCCUGCUGCUCAAUAUCCCACAGUGUGUGAGCGGCUUUCUGGAACACAGCCCCAAAUCUCAGUAAUGCUGAGAAGGAGAAAUACCACCCUAACCCAACUCAAGCAAAGUUCCCUGCAGCAACUUUCUUUAUUCAGUAGUGCUUCAAAGAAGAAAGCAGUAAAUUUUACCAAAUUAUACAGCGUUAAGUUCUUAAGUGAUAAGAUGGGCUGCCUGUUCUAAACCUGAGAUUAUAUGGCAUUUGUGUGUUUUUCCAUUUGGGCCAGUGAAAGCUUUCUCCCACUGUUUCUGCUCUAAGCAGGCUUUGCAUACUGGUUAGUUCAGGUGUUGUGCACAGCCAUUAUCAAGAAUGGUUAACUUGGGUAUUUGGGGAUCUGUUUUUGCUAGGAAGGUGAAAAUGAUGUAGUAGGAUGAACAGGUGUAUUUGCCACCCCCCUCCCCCAACACGCUCACUUUCUUAGUCUGAUAUUCCAGACUUGCUGUAACAAUUUUUGUUGUUUAUGUUUUAAGAAAUAGACUAAUGCCUCCAAGCCUGAGGAAUGAGCGAAGCUUUUGAAUACACCAAAAAUGCCAAAGCCAUAGUCCUCAAGACCUGCUCGCUGGAGCGGUGUUCCUACGAGAUGCUCACAGGGAUAAAGUAUUCUGUGGGCAGAUCAUUUUGGGCCUUUGUAAACCUGCCUAUCAGCACAUUAAAGGCUCUGAGAAUUCCUUGGAAACCAACUUAAGUGCCCUUAUCCAAACAUGGAACCCUUUUCUCAACUAAAAACUUACUGACAUCCCACUGAACAUGCUUUCAAAAACACUGCAGUUGAGAAUGCGGCCUUGGUUUCUGGGUUGUGUUUUUCUCUGUCACUUGGUGGUGUAAACUGUCACAUAUGAGCUCAGACACUCCCAUCAGUGCGUAAGUUAAAAUACUCUAACCCUAGCUUGAUCUCCUUAGACGUCAUAAAAUUUAAUUAUCAAUAUUGUAAAGGUUACUUUUAAGUUGUUUAUUGUAUUUGGGGUUCUAAUAUUUUAGAUUUUUUUUUUUUUUUUUAAUAGCUGUAACAACACACUCUAGAGUAAUACCUGGGUGAAAAGGUGGUGUGAGGUUUUUUAUGUGGAUUUGGGACUGAGUUGUAGAACCGAUAAAGCGAAAGGGUCCCAGCCGUGCCUCUGGAGUCUGCAAGAGGGAAUGGAGCCGUGUUGCAGAUGCUAAGUGCUGCUGGCACAGCUUCCUGGAUGAGGGAGCCAGGGCGGGUUUCUAGAACAAGUGAUCUAUACCGUGUGAGCGUCAUUUAGCUUGAGAAGGCCGGAGCCGAGAGACCAGCAAAUGUUUUCUCAUCUGCAGUGUAUCAGCAGUUCUUGGGCUUCAGCUGCUGAAUAGAUAAUAAUUCUAAUUGAAGAUAAAUUACAUGAACCCACAUGUGAAUGAUAGAUGUGUUGUAACAUUUCAUUCCUGGUGCAUAAAAUCAGCUGCAGUUUUUAUUAUUAGUUCUUUCUUUUCAGAGGUUUUGGAGUAACAGCUCUGGUCCUGCUGACUUAAAUUUGACCUUGAGGUCCUGGAAUUCACAAGAGUUUUUGAAGGGGUGCUGUAGGUUCUGCUGAUUUGGGCUUGCCUUUGCUCCCACCCCAGUGUUGUUUUUGCUCACUCUGGCCCAUUUCCACGUGUAAGUGUAAAAAAGUAUGUAUGUACAAUUAAAUCCACUUCAAGUUGCUAGUACUGAUCGGUAAACCUCAUAGUUGGCCUUCAUUACCCUUGAACUGUGGUGGAGAGGCAAUGACUGAUCCAUUUUCCAGGCAUGACUAAGAUGACCUGUCCUUACGACCCAGCUGCCCUUCAUAAGGCUCUCCGGUAGAGUUUUGGAAUUUGGUUUUUAAAGUCAUUGGACUUUCCCAGAAAGGAAAAUCGAAUAACACAAAAUAUUCUUUAGGUCACUACACAAUGUGUUACUUCUAUAGAGAGCAGGGAAAGGUAUUUUAAAAUCCAGCUCUCAAUUUGGCUCUUCUGUCCUCUGUUGAUGAAUUCUCACUCUAUCAGGGAAUGAUACGUGAUACCAGCCUCAGGAGUUCAGUGUUCAACCAUAAAUCUUUCUAGUUAGCUUUUUGCAUUAGUUGAGUGAAGUUAUAGAAUGUGAAUUAUUGAAUACAGUUCUGUUCAGCCAAUAGGCCCUUGAUAUACACAAUGGUAAAUUUAAAUAUAAAUUAAGUUUUUUCUGAUUUUCUCCCCAGCACAUAACUUUCCUGUGGUUCUAUUUCUGUAAGCACCCCGUCAUGACUGUCAUCGAGCCUAAGCUAUAGGCUGUGUUUUCAUUUGUGGACAAUAUGUCUAUGAGAGGCUUUAGUAAAAGUAAAAUGAACUAAAGACUUUUUUUUUUUUUUAACCAGUGAUAUUACUUUAAUCUUGAAUUAGUAGCUCAUCAUGAGAGUAAAAUUCUGUGUUCUUUCAAAGAGGAGAAUAGCUAACAGCAAAUAAUUGAAGCAAACUGGUGAGUCUCAUUCAUGUAACGCUCAGAGAAAGGUUUUUGCAUACAUACACAUCGGGUGCACACAAGACUUGGGGUUUCUCCUCUCAUUUCCUAAGAUGUCCUAAUUUCUCCCAAGCCCUUAAGUGAUUUUGUUGUAUUUUGCAUUCAUGGGGUUGACUUUAUUUGGGAACAAAAAUCUAAUCUGGUUUGUAUACACAGAAGCCUGGUCAUCUCAGAAGUUAAGUACCUUCUAAAUAAAAACUAUGAAUAUUCUGUUAGCGGUUAAAAAACAGUUCCCAUCAGCAGCUUUUCCUUGUCUGUCCCAUUGUGCUUCUCUGUCUCUUCUGGCCGCGCCUAGUGUACAGGUACGAGACGUCCCCACCACGUCCCUUUGUGCCUUUCGUCUUGUUUUCCUGUCCCUUCAGCCAUAUGGUGUGUGCACAGAUCAGCUGAUGAGUGCAGGGCUAAUGAAUAUAUCUUUAUAAUCUCCUAAAUACUAUUUAGGUCAAUCUAAGGCCUUAGGCAGAAUCUGGAAGUGUUUAUACUGUCCUGUUUUUAGUAAGCAGUGUCAACUUGAACUUCUAGAGAAAUGUGAAGAAAAGCUACAUUCCACUGUGUAAUUGUGAGGGGACACUACCUACUAGAAUUGAAGCUGAUGUCAGCCUGCUACCCUGUACGCUUUACCAUAAGAGAAAGAUGUUUCAAAAAAUAUUUUCGAUGUAGACUGUUUAAAAAUGAAUUAUAUAAUUUACAACAUGAAAUAAAUUUUUAAUAAAUCA